CGUGUUUGGUUUUAGUUGGCGUGGCACGGCACAACGCCGUUCCUGCGGCCACUGACAAGAUUGUAAUUUGUAACUGGCUAACUGCUGCUGCGGCUUGGAGUGCUCUGCGCGGAGGCAGCAACGGAUGGAUCGGCGGCGGUGAAAAGGUUGCAGAGCAAAGCGCGAGGGAGGGAGAGAUAGGGGGGGCGACCGGCGACGGAAGGAAGGAAGCGCAUAAACAUGGGAAAGCUACACGUAACCUCACAUACAUAACACGGCCACUCCUCCCCUGACCCUUCCUCGCUUGAUCCCUUCCUUCCACCCGUCCACCACCCGCCGCGCGCGGUGUCGCACCAUGCCGUCGACGCCACGGACGCCGGCGCCGGAGAGGCCGCCGCCGCCCGUGCCCGCUCCCGCUCCUCCUCCGCCUCUGGAGACGCCCCUGUCGCCGUCGCCCUCGUCGCAGCCCGGGGAGGAGUACCACACGCCGCCGCCGUCGCUCGACGCGUCGCCGCGGGAGCAGGCAAGUUUCCCCAGCGACGGGAGGGGAGGAGGAACGCCCACCAGGAGCCCGUCGUUCGACGCGUCGCCGCGGGAGGAGGCCUGCUUGCCCAGCGACGGGAAGGGAUGGGCGCCCGCCAGGAGCCCGCCGCUCGACGCGUCUCCGCGGGAGCAAGCAAGUUUCCCCAGCGACGGGAGGGGAGGAGGAACGCCCACCAGGAGCCCGUCGCUCGACGCGUCGCCGCGGGAGCAGGCAAGUUUCCCCAGCGACGGGAGGGGAGGAGGAAUGCCCACCAGGAGCCCGUCGCUCGACGCGUCGCCGCGGGAGCAGGCCAGCUUGCCCCGCGACGGGAGAGGUGGGGCGCCCGCCAAGAGCCCGCCGCUCUCGCCCGUGCGCCUCCCCACGCCGCACCUCCUGCCGCCGCCCGCCUCCCCCUCCGCCAAGAACGGGCAAGAAGGGGGCGCUGCGGGGGCUGCGGCGCCGGCCCGCCCGCAGCUCCGCCUAGCGACGGGGCUCCUCCGGACGCCGUCGCAGGGGUCGCUCGCGACCAAGUCCCCGUCCCCGUCGCCGUCGCCCACGCCGCCCUCGCCGCUGACUCCGGCGCCCGCGGCCAACAUCAACAACAAGAGCGGCCAGAGCACGCCCAAGCAGCGCGCGGAGACCUGGAAGCCGCCGCUGUCGCCUGCAGCCGCACCGGCGAUCGCGGUGCCACACUUCGACCCCGCAGAGGAGGCAGUCACGUCGCCGCUGCGCCUCGGCAAGCCGCAGCUCGACCACCGCCAGCAGCAGCGACAGCAGCACGCGGCGGCGGAGAACGGGGGAUCGGUGCCCCCCGACGUGGCGGCCGUGGCCGCGGUCGGGGAGAGGAGGCCGCUGUCGGUGACGCUGCGGCUGGCCACGGCGGCGCUCAGCCUCGCGGCCUUCUCGGUCAUCGCCAGCGCCCGGACGUCCGGGUGGGCCGGCGACUCCUACGCCCGCCACCAGCAGUACAGGUACGCCGUCGCAGUGAACGUGAUCGUCUGCGCCUACUCGAUCGCGCAAUCCUUCGGCGAGAUCCGCCGCCUGAUCUCACCCACGUUCAUAUUCCGGAGCAGGCCAAGCUACUACUGCAGCCUGUUCCUGGACCAGGUUCUGGCGUACCUCCUGAUGUCGGCGUCGUCGGCGGCCGCGUCUCGCAACGACCUGUGGGUGUCGAGGUUCGGCACGGACGCCUUCAACAGGAAGAUCAGCAGCGCCCUGUGGCUGUCGUUCAUCGGGUUCCUCAUGCUCGCUCUCAACGCGCUCAUCUCCACGGCCAAUCUCUUCAGCAUGGUCUGAGCCUGACAGGGUAGGGUGAUCGCGCCAUGCCAUUGUUGAUUUGUUGGAAUCCAGUACCGGUUGUACAAUUUUGGAGUAAAUAUUGCUGCGGAUUAGCCGGAGGUAUACAUCCGACACGCUGCUUUUGGUACUGGGCCAUCAAUUAGUACGCUUUAUCAGGGGCUAUAGAAUGCAGAGCAGCAGAGGUUUCUAUACUACUAGUUCAUGUCAGCCAUCUCCAAUGUCAAUUUUCUGUGCUUAACCGGUCAUUGCGCUGUAAUACGUCAGAUCGAGCUACGCACGUCAGAUGAUACGUCCUUGUCGUUCUGUUGCAGCUCGGCUGCAUGUGACACUCCUUUUUUGGUGCAGUGAAGUUGCCAAGAAAUGUAGCCUGCCUCUGUUUACAGACUUUGUA